AUUGCCCGCACGUGUUCAUAAACAAAUUCAAGGGGAAAGAAAGCAGAGAGUUGAGUCCAUGUAACGUAGUUCGAACCAGCCACCCCUCUUACUCAGGUAGAUUGCUGUGGGACUCAAUAAUUCAAACAUGGGGACUGAAAAUCAAAUUCUUAACAGCCAUGGCGUUCCAGUGAAUUUAGAUGCUAAGGAUCGAAAUACUGUAGAAUAUUUAGCGCAGUUACUCAAAGACAAGAAACAGAUUCAAGCCUUUCCAAAUGUGUUCAUCCAUGCAGAAAGAUUAUUAGAUGAAGAGAUUAGCAAGGUGCGAGUAGGUCUUUUUCAUCUAAAUGGCAGUAACGAGCCUCUCAGCUUGCCAGACCCACAGGGGCCACUUCUCCAACUCUCAGAAAAAGUAUUUGUUCCAGUAAAAGAACACCCAGAGUUCAACUUUGUUGGUAGGAUAUUAGGUCCACAGGGUCACACCAUUAAAGAACUAGAAAAGAGUACGGGUUGCCGAAUUAUGGUUAGAGGUAGAGGAUCAAUGAGGGAUAAGAAAAAGGAGGAACAAUAUAGAGGCAAGCCAAACUGGGAACACUUAAAUGAAGAGUUACAUGUAUUAAUAAAUGUAGAAGACACAAAAACCAGAGCUGAGAUGAAACUACAAAGGGCUGUGGAGGAAGUGAGGAAGUUGUUAGUGCCAGCGCCGGAAGGAGAGGAUGACUUAAAGAAACGCCAACUCAUGGAGUUAGCCCUGAUUAACGGGACAUAUCGAGACACCACAAAGCCCCCUGGACAACAACCUUCUCCGCCUACUUCGUCUCAUGCUCAUACUCGUACAUUCGACCCAGCCACGGGACUGAUGCUAACACCGAACCUACGAGCUCAAGGGCCAGCAGGAGCGCCAUUAUUCCUAUCGCCCAGAGGUCUUCCGGGAGCCGGAUCCAUGCAGACGCAGAUCGCUGGCCAGAUGGCAAGCCAGUUAGCCAAUCACCAGCUAGCGUCAGCUCAGUUAGCCAAUGCUCAGGCAGCACAGGCAGUCGCCGCCAAUGCAGCCCACCAACAUACGGUCUUGGGCAGCCCGCCUCCGCUAGUGCCACCUAUAUCCGCCCCAGAGUUGUCCAUGUCGCCGGGAGCUGGGCUGAUAUACACUAGCACUCCGUACGAUCAUUACGCUAUGACUCUGGGAGGACCAAGUACGGCGUUGUUCGAGUACCCAGGGACUGGGCAACCAGGUGGAGUGGGUGCGGUCCCCAAGAUGAGGACACACAGUGUUAGUCGUGCUGCCACCCAUCCUUAUGCAAGGGUGUCUCUUUCAUAACCAGACCCUUGAUUGACUGAUUGAGCAACUGGGCACUAACAACUACCUCCCGAGUCACACAUCUAGGAUUUCCGAAUUUCCCUGAACUGAUAGACUGACUGCGUAUGUAACUUUUGGGGGUUAGCUGCCAUCUGUCGUGCCGUCUGCACUGCAUCUGACACCAAACUGCUGCGAAACAAAAAAAAAAGUGCGUAUGUAUGCCAGGCGUCGUUGUUGUUGUUGGGGCCCGCCCACGCACAGGCAAAGGGGGAGAACCCGCCAACCUACCAUGCAUCGCACUAACCACCAAGUACGAACUAUUAACUCUACUUAAUGGAGUCUUGACUGAGGAGUGUCCAUGUUGAGCUUAGAUCAGCCAGCAGUUAAGUGCCUGUAUUAAUAAUAAUAAUGAAAGUCUACUACAAGUGUCAUUGUGACUAAUAUGUUACUAACUGUUGUUGUUGUUAAUGCAAAAUGCAAUUGGAUAUUUUGUUGUCGAUGAAAUUAUCAAAGGUUAUCACUACUACUACUAUAAUUACUACUUCCACAUUAUAUUUACCUGUAACCCCUUAGAUUGUAUUAUUAUUAUUAUCAUUAUUAUUAGCACAUACAUCAUCCUCAUUAGCAGUGGUAAUUGGUUUUGUAUAUAAUUCUGAUUAAUAUGUAUUAUUAUUAUUAUUGUUGCAUUUUGGCUGAAGCUGUGGUUGUAAUGAUAUUAUUAACUGCCCUUUUUAUGUUUUGAUUCAUUAUUUUUAAUGCUGUAUAUUUUGGUUUCAUCUGUCGGCUAUUAUCGUAGAUUGGAUGCUUUCUGGAUCCCAGAUUAAUGGCACUUGCAAGCUAUCUGCACUCAUCAGCUUUUAACUCCCAUCUAAGCUAUGAAGUAGUAGUGUAAUUUUGAAGUUUUGUUCAGUAAUUGUUUGCUCCCCAUUGAUUACAUAUUUACACCAUGAUUGAAAUCGUGCGAGGUUCGGAUUUCAAUGCGAGCUCUAUUUUAAAGUUUUUUUUUCUAUAAGUGCUGAUAUAUGUUUUUAUGGGUUUAGAAUUUGGGGAUCUUUUCAAAAUUUUGUUUCUUUUACUCCUGUACACUUCCUCAGUUUCUUUUGCAAGAUUUAUUGAUGAAAUUUUUAAUGCCCAGUGAUUGCUAAAGCCUCAUAUCAUUAAUUUGUAUUUCAAAAUGGCGUAUGGAUCCAGAGGGCAUCCUGGCACAGAUGUUUUUUAAAAUGCUCGGAAGAAAAUUGGUAGUAUGAGGGAACAUUCAUACUAAACUUGCAUUCACUUUUAUGCCUUAAAUGAUCACCACCGCCUUGCAGAGAUUCUUUCAUUUUUGAUUCAGUUGUAUUGUUUAAUAUACAACAGUCCCGCCUUUGAACUGAUCUGACAUUAUCAGAACAAAAAACGUUUUAAUUAUUAUUAUUAUUUUUGAGAUGUAAACUAUGCAGUUACCCCAGUAUCACGUCAAGAUGUUGAUGGCAAUUAUUUUGUAUAUUCCGUUUAAUUUUUUUUUCCAUCAAGUAUUAUCAAUAUAUUUGUUAUAAAGUAGUUUUUUUUAAAUACUAGAUAAGUCUUGCAGUAGAAUAGGUAUGAAAGUAGCUGGUACUUACACAAAGGUCACAGAACAACGACAACAAAUCAUGUAUGCCAAAUCUUAAAGAAAUUUUUACAACAGUCUUCCAAAACCCAAACUAAUUGGGAAAAGAAAGGAAACUGAAAACUGCUGCAACAAAUUUAUUUUCACCUGUGCUGCACAGACAUAAUAUCAAUUUAGUCUAGUUUGUAAUUGAUAGAAUUCGUUUUGACAAUUAUGCGUUUUGAAAAAUUUUUCUGACAAAUGAGUUUUCUCACAUGUACAUAUUAUUGCAUAAUUUUUUGUUGGUUAUGUGGUGAAUUUCACUGCUUGUAAGCAAUGGACUUUGCUCCACAACUGACAUUUUUAUCAAAACAAAAGAAACUGCUGUCCACUUGCAGCCUUUGAGAAAACCAAAGUAGUUAGGUUUGAUUUUCUCAAAAAGUAUAUUUUGGACAAAGCAAACUUGUAGAACUUGGUAUUAUUCGAACAUGAUAGCGAAAAGUAUGCAUUUACCAUUAUAAUUCUCAUAUAUGUAUAUCAUAAUAUUAGAAACAUGCUCUAUGUUUACCAGUGUAACUAGUGGUUGCUGUAAUGAGCUCCUACUUGCAUCAAAAGGAACGUUUGUCUUUAAAACAUACAAAAACAAAAAAGAAAACACUCUGGUUGCAUAGCAGUCAAUUGGAACUGCAUGCACAACAUCUGCUUGGCAUUUGUGAAGCAGACAAGAAAUGGCCAGUUUCUCUUGAUGCAUUGUCGGGAGUUUCGGACAGUCCAAACCACCAUCACCUCAACUCAACUUGCUUGCUCCAUCAAAUUGAUGUAUAGCACCCCUGGAACCUUACUGUGAAGUUAAUGUACCUUCUAAAAGUGCCUUCAAACUGAUUGUAGUAACAUAAUGCAUGUGAUGUAUGCACUGUUUUUCAUCAUUUCCAAGUGGCCCUCUGGUUGCAAUUUGGGUGCUGAGGCAAGUCCAAAAGCGAAAAAAUUCCGGAAAAAGGAAAAGUCUGACUGGUUUACUGCUGUCACCUGAAUUGCCACGGGACUAUUUUGACUAGUUUAUUUUGCUAAAUGGUAUAAUAACUACUAGUAUAAUCAUAAUGUUUUACUUAUUUUCUUCCCAUUUACUGAUACAUCCCAUGAUGAUUUAUUACAUUAUUUUUGUGUAUAACCAUCUAAGUGGAUGACUUAUUAAGCAUAAUAUACUAACAUAACUGUUAAUUAUUAUUAUUAUCAUAUAGUGCACCCACCCUUUGCUCCUAAAUUGAUGUUGUCAUUUAGCUGAAUCUGCUGAAUAUCUGUGAUUUAAUAAGUUCUGUUGGACCAUUUUGUGGAUUGAUGAGAAAUUUCUAUUUUGAUGGUUCAGAGAAAUUCAACGAAGGUGUGAAAAAUGUUUUUUCACCGUUUUUGGCACUUGUGCACAAAACGCCGUCCAAUGACCAAGAUAUUUUUGGAUUUACAGAAAAAGAGUCUAUGCAAUUUCACAUGCUGUUGUAAAACAACAAAAAUGGAACCCUUUUGUGCCUUUGAUUUGAAGGCACUGUACAUAUACAUCUUGUUGCGCAUGCAAAUUUUUAGUUUUCUCUCACUGUUCUUGCAUUUUUUUUUUUUUACUUUUGAGUCCAGAGAAUUGAUUCUAAUACUCGAUAGAGUUUGUAUCACCUUUUAUGUUGGAGCAAAGGGAGUUUACAAAAAGAAAAAGAAAAAAAAUAUUUCGAAUCUUGUAAGCAGAAAGAGAAGAAAAGAAAACAGGGUGUAUUUGCGGAUUUAGAGAGUACAGGUUCUAACUAAUUGAAUCUCAGUGUGCAUUGGAAGUUACUUUUGGCUGAUGCAUUGUAGACACUGCACCAAUUGGGAGACAAGACAGUUCGUUCUUGUUUUAUUUCAUGAGAAUGGGAAGACUGUAAACUCCCUCCCUUUGUUAGAUCUGAAAAAACCUUAAUAUACUACUAUACUAAUCUGGUUACUAUUUACUGUAUAAUACUCAUCGUUUAGCCAUUAUAGUUGGAAGGGAAAGUUAUGAAAGCAAUUAACAACAAACAUUGCUUUAGGGUGAAAGCAAUAAUAUUGUCUUAUUUUCUUCCUUUUGUUUUUUGUAAUUUCAUAUAACUUUGUACUCAAUAAAUGAAGUUCACUGCAAGUUUCCUCUCAGUGUGAUUAUAUUACUAACCAACAAGGAUCAGCUUAGAGCUACUAAAACUGUGUCUGCUUCUGGUGAGAACUCGAUUUGUUGAUUAAUAAUAGCUUGGAAUGCAAAACCUCCGAACAUGUGAUAUCACUGCAUGCCAAUGUGCUUUUAUGAACCUUCUAUGCAAUGACAAGUAAUAACAACUUUUUAAUGGACUUUUCUGUAGGUUGCAAGAAACCUUUAGAAAUAUUGUUUUUAAUACAAAAAAAUUAACAAAAUAUUUCUUUUUAUAUUUUUAUACCACAAUUUUUAAUGUCAGUUAGUGGAGUGGAUUAACUUAUACAAAUUGCAUAUCACUAAUUAUAAUCAAUUCUUUUUGGGUUUGAGUUAUAACUAUCUCAAACAUUUCAAAACUUUCAAAAUAGUUCAGAGUUAUGCAAGUAGAGCUAGUAUUAUCCAGUCGUCCUCAAAAAGGGUAAAUCAAAGUAUUUUACAGUAUCAGAAAAUGACCUCCCAUCUUCUGGUCUGUGUAGACUUAACUAAAUUAAUUGCAAAUUAGUCUGCAGUCUUAUCAGAAGCUUCACAAAUAAAAAAUAUAUAUUUUCUAGAAGAGAAGGACAUCAACACAGAAAAAAAGCAUCUUGCCAGUGUUAUUUUUUUAUACCUCAUGAGACUUUGCAUAAAAAGAAUCUCAUGAUAUGCAAAUAUUCAACUGUUAUUAUUGUUAUUUACCACCAAAGAAUUUUGGUGUUUGAUCCAUUUGUUAUUAUACUGUUAUUCUGUUUUUUCUUUUUUUUUUCAUACUAUAACAUUUUGUAUCACCUAAUAAUAAACUCAAAUAAAGUGCUCUAACUUU